GAGGACAGGGCCGGGCCGGGCCGGGCCGGGCUCGCGGGCUGGGGUGUAGGGGCUCCAGCCCCGCUGCCAUGAAGGUGGCGGCGCUGGAGCUGGGUGCCUUCCUGGUCAGGCUGCGCCGCUCCGCCGCGGGGCCCGGCCCGGCCGCCCCCAGCCCCCGCCCAACCUCUGGAGGCGGCUGCACCCCGGUUGCCGGCGGGCAUCCCCCGCGCCCGCUGUCCGCCGCCACGGAGAAGGAGGCCGGGAGUCGGGCGGGCGGCAAGACGCUGCUCAUCACCCUGCCCGACAUCGGCGAGGAGGUGGUGGCAGAGAGCGAUGCCGAGGAGGCAACGCGCAGCCCGCGGAGCACUAGGAAGGGACUAUCCAGAGGUUCUACAAAUCGGUGUAAUUCAGGAAAAAGUGGAGAAUCUCUUCCAACAGUUUUUGAGAGAAAUGUGCAAGAAGCCAUCAAUAACUACAGUUGUGAAAUGCUUUCAUCAAUUUCAUCUAGUGGACAUGCAACACCCACAGACCUAAAUAAUUCUUGGUCUGGAAUAAAAAGCUGUACUACUGGUUUGUCUACUGAAAGAAGUUCCGUUUACUCCUGGAGGGAUGAUGAAUUUGAUAAAGCCAACACACAGAGAGUGCAUCAGCUAUUCUGGGAUAUUGAUGAAAUGCUGUUUGAAGGAAAAAUGACCUCCCAAACUCAGAGCCUGCAGGCAGAAUGCGCAGACUGGGUUGAGCGAUCUCUUCAUCUAAGAGUUCUAGGAAAGCAGCUCCUGUCAUCAAAGGAUGAAGGCUUUCAGCACUUUGAAUGCAGAAGUGAUAGCUCUGUGGAUACUAAGUGUUUACCUGAUCUUCAUGAAUGUACUCAUAACAUAAAAGAACUCUGCAUUUCCGGUUCUAAGCUGAUUCCUAAAGCAUCUCCAGUACAGAAAUCACCAAAUUCAGGUUCCGCUAUGACUCAUGGCUCUGAGUCAUGUGCAUAUUCAUUCCUGGAAGAAGAAAUCUAUGAUGCAGAUGGAAGAAUGGAAGAAUAUCUUGCCUUUGACAUCAAGGAGCUUGAUGACGAGUGUUUGGAGCAAAAGAAAAUACAUCUUGCUGAGAAGAGGAGUAAGCAUGGCAUUCCUCCUGUUUCUCCCACUGCUUGUAUCAAAGAUGCUGUGGCUUCUGAAAUAUUUGAUCAUAUAUGGAGUAAUGUAGUUGGAAUAUUGGAGGAACUGAUUAAAAAACAUUUGGAGAUGAAUGUUACAGAGAGUGCCAAGCAGGCAGAGAAGCUGAAAGCUGUUACAGGUAAACUGCCACACUUGCCAGCCGUUCGUGUUGCCGCAGAUGUCGGGAGUGUCCUCCUUUCCAGAGGCUCUGAAGCACGAAGUGUGUCUUUUGGAUCUCAUUUAGCUUCAUCACAGGCUCACCAUUUCUCCAGCAGCUUCUGUAGUGACUUGAAUGGAGUGAUGACAAUUCAAGCAAAACCACUCCAACAGAGGCACUUUGCCACAGUACAAAAAAUACAGAAUGAGCAAGAAGACAAACCACAUAGCAUUAGCUCCAGUGCUGCAAAUUCAGUACACACUAGUUUGGGGAGAAUUGCUGAUAACCAUGUUCUCUCAUCAUCUCGAGUACUGCUGGCAUCUGCUAGGAGGCUACCAAGCCAUCGUAGGUUGCCUUCUCUCACUUCUGACCAACUCUCCUCAAAAGCUCCUAAUAUAUACAAUGAUGAAAUCCUUAGGGGGACUAAAUUGGGUGCCAGCAUGGAUCGUUUAUCUUCUGGUUGUGCACAUACAGCCCAAAAGAAGUUACCACCAAUAAACUCAGAGGCUGUUAAGCAGUAUCCUUCAGUCCCUCGAUUGCAACAGAGCUCUCAUCGAGGACGAUAUGCUCAGAGCAGAGUGUCCAGUGCAGUACCUGGCAGUACCGGGCAACGGCCUCUCAGAGAACGAACUGUUACUAAUCGAUUUUCAAGGCCCAAUACGACUCAUACGUUCAGGACGGACAUGCCUCAGAAAAGAUCACUAACUCCCAUGGAUUUUUCUAACCAUAGAAGGACAAGUCAAGGAUUUUUAAUAGGCUCACAGCAUUACUACAAAUCCUUUCAUAGAAAUCCUCUAACCUCACGGAGGAGAUUUCAGAUUGCUUCUUAAUGCAGUCUAGAAAGAAAGAGAAGCCCUCUGCACUGAAUGGAAGCACUCAAUUUGCCAGCUAGUAUCUUGUUUGACAAAGAACAUAUGCAGCAUGCUGGUUUCUGCUGAACCCUGUGAUCCUCCAGAAUACCUGUAUUACCUUGUUUUAAAGUUGUCUAAACCAGAGGUUAGAUUAAAAAUUAGAGCAAUAUAGAAUGAAUGGUUGAGAUCCUGGAAUUUCAGGUGUCUGCGCUCUUUGCAGAAUCAAGAUGCUGCUAUACUUUCUUCUCAGGCAUUCUUCCUCUUUCUGUCUUUCCUUAUGGAAUUGUUAUUCUGCUUGUAGAAGUAAAUAAGUUACGUUUAUGCUGUAAAGUCCCGUUCCAACUUUUUCUUUUUUUUCUCAGUGUUAAAGAUGUUCUGGUCUACCUGGAAAUCAGUUCUAUAUGGAACUUAUAAACAUGAAUUAGCUGCAUCUCCUAUUAAACUCCUGUUCCAACAUUUCUGCAUUUUCAUUGUGUCUGCUUUUUGCAGUUGCUCUAUUGUAAAUAUUUCCUCUCCUUAAUUUUUCUUCUUCCUUGAGUUCUUUUGGUAUGAAAUUAUUUCACUGCUUCUUAAGCUGUUCAAUGCAUAAUUUUCUGUAGAACUGCCGGGACAAACUAUGUUUAUAGGAAGCAGUGUUCUGUCAGGCCAAAUGUAUUUGUAGAUCCUGAAUAAUUGGACCUGCAUGCUGACUUGUGAGUAAGACAAUUCUUGAGAUUUCUUAUAAAAUAUUGGCUGUUAUUGUACAAAUUAGACCUGUUUUUGGUAUGCUGCCCAAAUGGGAAGAGGAGACUGGGAUUAUUUUCUGCCCAAAGAUCACAGUCCUUACCAUGUCCCUGGGUAUUAAUACUGUGUGUGCAGUCAGUGAUUCCCUCAUCCAUCAGAGCCAGAAAUUUAAGUAGAUGAGGUAGAGCCAUUGAAAACAAGGAAGAGAAAAGCUUAGUUGUAUGUCUGAAUAAUAUUUAAUAAUAGAAUCAGUUUCUUGCCCUUGGAAACUAAUGCCAGUUCUCAUCACUUCUUUCUUUAUAAAAGUUCAAGGCUUGGUAAUCCAAGACAAAGCGUUUGUAAUAUAUAUAUGUAUAUAUAUAUAGUAUCUGUACUGUUAAUGAGAUCUUUGGUUUGUAUAAAAUUUCAUCAAAUGCUGCAUUCUUUUGAGUAAAUGAAAGCAUUUUUAAGCUACA